CUCACAGCUCCUCACAGCUUCUCUGCCUCUCGGCCUCUCUUAUCCGCGAGCGCCGCUUCUUCCUCGGCGGCAUCAUUCUGUUUGGUCCUUUUGAUCACAAUAUCGCCAACCGGAACCUCCUCCACAUCUACUCUCAAAGAGGCACAAAUGACGGAUACGAGCAACAUCUGAAUUUGGAAGGAUAACCGUGAAGAAGAAAAAGGUGACAGUAAUGGGCAGUAAAGCUAUGUAUAAAUGGUCGAAACAAAUUACGUCUUCCCAAGUGGAGCAGCUAAUACAUGCGGAAAAAGAUGUUACUAAAGCAACUCUUAUAUUUGAUUCAGCCACAGCUGAGUACAGUAAUGGCUUCCGGCAUGACUGCCGUACAUUUGGUGUCAUGAUCUCUAAACUGACUUCUGCAAACCAAUUUAGAUUAGCGGAGAAUCUUCUUGAUAGAAUGAAGGAGGAGAAGUGUGCAAUCGCAGAAGAUAUAUUCCUUACCAUUUGCAGAGCCUUUGGUCGGGUUCACAAGCCACUGGAUGCUGUCAGGGUUUUUCAUAAGAUGAAUGACUUUAGCUGCAAACCCACUGAGAAAUCUUACAUUACAGUGUUUGCCAUUCUUGUUGAAGAGAAUCUUUUGAAGAUUGCAUUGAGGUUUUACAAGGAUAUGAGAGGUAUGGGUAUCAAACCCAGUGUUGCUUCCCUGAAUAUUUUGAUUAAGGCACUCUGCAAAAACAGUGGAACAAUUGAUGCUGCUCUUAAAAUAUUCCAUGAGAUGCCCAAACAUGGGUGUACGCCUGAUUCAUAUACUUAUGGUACUUUGAUUAAUGGAUUUUGUAGGAUUGGGAAAAUCAAUGAGGCAAAAGAGUUGUUCAAAGAAAUGGAAGAAAAAGGUUGUUUACCUUCUGUGGUUACCUACACCUCUUUGAUAUGUGGCUUGUGCCAGUCUAGCAAUGUAGAUGAAGCCAUGGAAUUACUUGAAGAGAUGAAGACCAAUGGUAUUGAGCCCAAUGUGUUUACCUACAGUUCUUUGAUGAAUGGUCUUUGCAAAGGUGGGCAUGCUUCACGAGCCGUGGAGUUAUUGGAGACGAUGAUUAGGAAGCACCAGAAGCCCAACGUGAUAACUUAUAGUACCUUAAUCAAUGGACUUUGUAAAGAAGCGAAGCUCCAAGAAGCUGUAGAGAUCCUUGACAGAAUGAAGCUUCAGGGUGUGAAGCCAGAUGCUGGGCUGUACGGGAAGAUCAUCAAUGGCUUCUGUGAUUUAUGCAAGUUCCAGGAGGCUGCAAACUUCCUUGAUGAGAUGGUCCUGACUGGAGUCACACCAAUCAGAUUAACUUGGAGCCUUCAUGUUAGAAUUCAUAAUAUGGUCGUCCAGGGCCUUUGUAGUAGUGGUAAUCCAGAUCGUGCUUUCCAAUUGUAUUUAAGUAUGCAAACUAGGGGUAUCUCAAUUAAUGCUGAAACUUUUGAUUUCCUUGUGAAAUGUUAUUGUAAGAAGGGAGACUUGCACAAAGUUUAUCGCAUUGUUGAUGAGAUGGUUCUUAGUGGAUGUGUUCCUGAUGAAGGAACUUGGAGCAUAGUGAUCAAUGGAUUUUGGGAUCGGAAGAAGGUUAGGGAAGCUACUCAAUCGUUAUGGAUUAAGUUGAUGGGCAAACUCGAUGAGCCUGUGAUAUAAAACUCAAACCAAGUUUAUGACUAUAGGAUGGUGAUGAAAAUGCUUAUUGGUAGCUGCAAUACCCAUGACUGGCUGAGAAUCGUUAUUCAAGGUAACCAAUCUAGCUGUUCCUCCAGUGUUUGUGACUUUGUGUCAUCAUACUCCAAUCAUUGAUCUUGUGAGAUUUCAUUUGGGGAUCUAAUUUACCAAUGCUGAUAGUUUCCCGGCAGCUAGAAUGCCCUAUCUGCAUCUUUGAUGUGUUACAAUGCAUGGAUCAACAUUGAUAUCAUUCAUUUUCCAUUGGAAGAAGUUUUGAGAUUCUGUUCUCUUUUGUGAAAGGAAUUUUCAAACACCCACCUGUAAGCUGUCAUAUAUGGUCUUAAUGCUGUCUAAUGCAAGGAAAAUCUGUUUUUUUU